UCAUCGUUCAUCGCCUGAGGCCCAACUAGAGCAUAAUAGUGGUGAAGGCAGUGCGGCUACAAGUACAUAGACUAGACCCAGUCAGUCCGGUUUCGCACAGUCUCAAGACACGUUGAGAACUUACUAGGUUAGGUUAGGUUAGUUCAGUAGGACACCGAAUCAAUCAAUCCAAGAAUCAAGCUGUUCUAUCAGAAAAGUGAUUUUGCGACGACAGUGCGUUCGGUCUAUGCAUAAUAAACCAUGAACGUCAAUUCAACGAAUAGCUUUAAUAAAACUAAAAGGAUUACCGUACCAUAGUCAACAAUAAUAAGGUAUAGUGAUUUAGUAAAGUGAUUAGCCCACCGAAAUCUGAGAGCAGUGAUUUAGUUCAUCUUAAUCUACCGUACUUGUAAAAGUGUUGUUUAAUCGAGCAGAACAUUUUUAGAAGUGGUUCAUACUUGAAAAGUGAGUGCUGGUAUUAGAAUAAGGAAAAAUAGUAUCAAACAUUAUUUCUUGAAAUAUUCACGUUUCCAUUCCUGAAACUCAGAUUUUUUUACCCCGUGAAAGUUUAUUUUUAUAUUUUAAUCUCGACUAUAUAUACAAUAGUUGUUAGUGGAGGUAACUUACCUGAUAGUAGGCCUACUAGUGAUAGGCCUAUUGGAUGUGCUCCUUAAAGAAACAAAUAUGAUCAAAUCAUGAUCUAACCAACUUUCUCCUCUGAGAUUGAUUCCGGAUUUAUGGUAAGCCGCCAAAGUCAUCAACUAUAAUCAUGAGUGCAACAAGGAUAACAGAUGCAGUCUUCUGUUGGUGCUCCCUUCUGGUCGCCAGCUGUAUAUUUGUCGUUUCUGUCAGCGCAGGAGUGACAUCUGACGCCAAUCAAAUUGAUUCCAACAGAAACGAUUCUGCGGUUUUCCGGCUGACUGUAAUUCACAUCAACGACAUGCAUUCCAGAUUUGAGCAGGUGAAUUCGGUGAGCAACAAGUGUUCGACGCAAGACGCGGAGUCACGCAACUGUUUUGGCGGUUUCGCCCGCGUCAAGUCGGCCGCGCGAACCGCCAAAUUCGAAGCGGAACGUGAUGGACGCCACGUGCUCUACCUGAACGCCGGAGACACCUACCAGGGAACGCCCUACUACAACCUGUUCAAGUGGAAAGUGGUCGCUCCGCUUGUCGAGAGCUUGGGCUUCGAUGCCAUGGCACUUGGUAACCAUGAGUUUGAUGAUGGACCCAACGGACUAGUUCCUUAUCUGCAGAAUAUCUCGGCUCCAACUCUUGCCUGCAACUUGGACCUUUCAGGCGAACCAUCUCUCAAAGUCCAAAAUCUGAAGAAUUCAAUAAUGUUCAACUUCACUAAUUUCAAGAUUGGCGUUGUUGGUUACCUCACACCGGAAACUGCGAUUGUAGCUAAACCCGAAGGAGUCAAGUUCCUGCCCGAGAUUCCGGAAAUCCAGAGGGAGACCCACAUGUUGAGGAAAGAUGGAGCCAAUAUUGUGAUAGCCUUGGGCCAUUCAGGGUACGAGAAGGACAAGCAGAUAGCUGAACAAGUUGAGGGAAUCGAUUUGGUUAUUGGAGGACACAGUCAUUCUCUUCUGCACAAUGGAUCUCAGCCUUCAACAGAGCCAAUAAUAGGAAAUUAUCCAACAGUGAUUGAGCAAAAAUCAGGAAAGAAAGUCUUGGUCCUUCAAGCGUCUGCUUUCACAAAAUAUCUGGGAAUAAUCAAUUUGAACUACGCAAGUGACGGUCAAUUGCUAUCGUAUGAGGGAAAUACGAAACUGCUGGACAGCUCUGUAGAAGAGGAUGUCGAUAUUCUCAAAGAACUCGAGCCCUGGAAGAAAGUGAUAGAUAAGAAGAGUCACACUAAACUUGGAAAAACUAAAGUAUUAUUGGACGCUGGCUUCGAAGCAAGAAAAGGCGAAAGCAAUCUUGCUAAUUUCAUAUGUGAUGCUUUCAUUGACCAUUAUCUACGCAAGUCUGAGACUCCUGAUAGCGGAUGGACUGAUACAGCGAUCGCGCUCAUUCAGGCGGGAGGAUUGAGGAAUAGCAUUGAUGUGGCGUCAUCUGGUGGCGAUGUGACAUUCGUGGAUCUGAUAACCACAAUGCCUUUCGAGGACUCAAUUGUCCGCAUCACAUUGAAGGGCAAAUAUCUGAAAGAAGCACUGGAAUGGGGUGUUCGUAACAUUAAAGAAAAUAACUAUGAUCUGGAUGGAGCCUUUCUGCAUUCAUCAGGUAAUUAGAUAAAUUAUCGUGAAUGCAAGUAUUCACCAAUAUACCCUUUCAAAAUUCCUUAGAACUUACAACGCCAGUUCUUGAAGCUCUCUGGAUCCUUAUAUGAUAUAACUGGAACCUUAUUAAUAUAAUUUCUUAAUAUACUUGUUCUGAUAUAUGAGAUGAAUAUCAUCAAAGGAUGAUAAAUAUUGA